GAAGAGCAGGGAGAUCCCGUGGAUGAAUCCGAUUGGCAUGGGAGGAUGGUCUACGCCAGGGUCGAGCAUGGACACGAUGGUCGAGAAAUUUCGAAUCUUGACCAGCCUGUGGCACGAAUGGUCCCUUACAUCGAUCAUGACCAUAGAGUCGUUCAAGAGUUUAUCUCACAUGUGGAAACAGAAGAUCAGGAAACUACACGAGCCGCCGAAACGGUACAGAUUUCCAUACUUACAGGGUCGUUGACUGAAACGGGACACAAACACCGGAUGGAGUUGGAGGUGCGAAAAAAUGUCAAGAGGAGGAAACAAGAAAACGGACAAGAUAGCAGUCGCGAUCAAGGGUAUAACACGGACCACUAU